AUGAGCAAGUCGAGCCAUGAUAGAGCUCAUGAAAUCUGUGGUGAUGGGCGGUGCGGCUUCGGGCGUUGGGGUUGGUUCACCGCCUGGAGCGCCGAGGGUGGCGUCGUUUUGAACCAUGUAGAUCUAGAACACAACCACACCUCUCCGAUCAUCAGAGUAGCCGACCUUGGCUGCGCCACUGGCUCCAACACUUUCGAUACUGUUGAUAUUGUGGUUGAGACGUUACGACGGCGAUACACGGCGGUGUACGGUGGUGUGUCACCGGAGUUUGAGGCUUUCUUUUGUGAUUUGCCUUGUAAUGACUUCAACAUGUUGUUUAGAUUGUUGACAGAGAAACAGAAAGUUGCUUCGUCCAAAUAUUUCGCCGGCGGUGUCGCUGGCUCGUUCUAUGAUCGGCUGUUUCCAAGAGGAACUAUCCAUGUCGCCGUGAGCUUAAGUGCUUUACAUUGGCUCUCUCAGAUACCGGAGAAAGUAUUGGAGAAAGGAUCAAGAACGUGGAACAAAGGGAAAACGUGGGUCGAAGGAGCGAAGAAAGAAGUGGUUGAUGCAUACGCAGAGCAAUCAGACAAAGACCUGGAUGAUUUCUUGAAGUGUCAGAAAGCAGAAAUGGUGAAAGGAGGAGUAUUGUUUGUGUUAAUGACUGAUCGUCCUUCAGGCUCAAGUAGUCAAUUUGUGUAA